GUUAUGGAUGGACCGCCUGUCAAUUUGAGCCCACGGCAGCGCUUUGCGAUAUGUCGUAAAGCUCAACCAAUAGGAACCUUGGAUUCCUACCAGCCAGGCCCAAUAGAAGACCUGGGACUGCAUUUAAAAGCGUGUAUCUGCAUGAGCGCUUUAGGUUGGGAACCGUCGUAGUAACAGCAGCAGACGCGUGUGUGCUCCGGGCAGGACGCGGAGGCCUCAGCGCUGGUUAUUUAUUGCUUUUAAUUCGUAUUUUAUUUUUCUCUCCGUCACUGUCAGAGAUGGCGACUCGCCGGGCUGCUGGUCCCCGUGAAGCUGACAAUGCUAUUGCAGGUGCAAUGAGAUCCAAAGCCCAGCUGAAUGGCAGGAGAGCUGCACUUGGCGAAAUAGGCAACAAGGUGACUGUACGUGGAAAGCAGCCUUUAGUAAAGAACACUAAUGCAGUGGCAAAGACUAUCAACCCUCCAGCUACCAAAGUGCCAAACGUGAUUAUAAAACCAAAGGCUAUGCUAGUGAAGGUGACACUGACUGAAUCACCUGCAAAGGUUCCAUCUCCAAUUCCUAUGGAUGUGUCCAAAGAGGAAGAGGAACUGUGUCAGGCAUUCUCUGAUGCUCUAACAAAUGUGGAAGAUAUUGAUGUUGAAGAUGCUGGCAACCCUCAACUAUGCAGCGAGUAUGUUAUGGACAUCUAUAACUACCUGAAACAGGUGGAGCUCCAACAGUCUAUAAGACCAAGGUAUCUUGAUGGAAAGGAGGUGAAUGAACGCAUGAGGGCCAUCUUGGUUGACUGGCUGGUCCAAGUUCAUUCCAGAUUUCAACUGCUUCAGGAGACAUUGUACUUGGGUAUUGCCAUAAUGGAUCGGUUUCUUCAAGUCCAGCCAGUGUCCCGGAACAAGCUGCAGCUGGUUGGUGUGACUGCACUCUUGGUGGCUUCCAAAUAUGAAGAGAUGUACACACCAGAGAUCGCAGACUUUGUCUACAUCACAGACAACGCCUACAGUGCGUCACAGAUCAGGGAAAUGGAAAUGAUCAUUCUGCGCGAGCUGAACUUUGACUUGGGGCGACCACUACCACUUCACUUUCUGAGACGCGCAUCCAAGUCCUGCAGUGCUGACGCAGAACAGCAUACUCUUGCAAAGUACUUGAUGGAGCUUACCUUGAUUGAUUAUGACAUGGUCCACUUCCACCCAUCUGAGAUAGCGGCAGCUGCACUAUGUCUGUCUCAAAAGCUGCUUUGUCAGGGCAGCUGGGGUGCUACACAAAGUCACUACACUGGCUACUCUGAGGAAGACUUAUCCCUGAUAAUGAAGCACAUGGCUAAAAAUGUUAGAAAAGUCAACCAGAACUUGACCAAGCAUGUGGCUGUAAGAAACAAGUAUGCUAACAGCAAGCUGAUGAAGAUCAGCACCAUUCCUCAGCUGAUGUCUCCAAUUGUUGCUGAGCUUGCUGCAAGCCUUGCCAAUAGACCAGUCUUCUGAACAGCAUACAGAUACUUUUUUUGCACUUUUUAUGACACUGCCUAUUAGGCAUAAAUGCUGCUGACUCUGUACAUAUAUUUUUUUGUUUUUUAAUGAACGUUGGUUUUUUUUAAGCUUUGAGGAUUUGGCAACUGCUGAGACUCCUGGAUCUAAAAUAAACAUCCCCUUUUUUAAGAAA